AGUAUGGGUGUGGUGGUAAUCCCGGUAUGAAUUGGUCAGAUUCGCGUGAAAAUUUGGCGCCUGAGGCCUUGUUGUUUUUUCCGGACAUAACAAACGACACGCAGACACGAACAAUGACCGAGUUACUUUUUUAAAUCGACCUACAAAAGCAUGACUAGGAACUGACGGAAGGUCUGCGGGAUCCUUAGAGCUAUCAACAGUAGGCCUGCGUGUUUAUCAGCCUGACGUGAGGUGGAAGUGAAGCCCUCAGCGGAGGAUCAUGAGCGAGCUGGAGCAGUUGCGGCAGGAGGCCGAGCAGCUGCGCAAUCAGAUCCGAGAUGCCAGGAAAGCGUGCAGCGACUCCAGUUUGUCCCAGAUCACAGCUGGGUUGGAUUCGGUGGGGAGGAUCCAGAUGCGCACAAGACGAACCCUGCGGGGCCAUUUAGCCAAAAUCUACGCCAUGCACUGGGCUACUGAUUCCAGGCUUCUAGUGAGCGCAUCUCAAGAUGGAAAACUCAUCGUAUGGGACAGCUACACAACAAACAAAAUCCACGCCAUUCCUCUGCGCUCGUCCUGGGUCAUGACGUGUGCCUACGCUCCAUCUGGGAACUACGUGGCGUGUGGAGGUUUGGACAACAUCUGCUCCAUCUACAGCCUGAAGACCCGAGAGGGCAACGUCAGGGUCACGAGAGAACUGCCCGGGCACACAGGUUAUUUGUCGUGCUGUCGUUUUUUGGAUGAUAGCCAGAUAGUCACCAGCUCUGGAGAUACCACAUGUGCUUUGUGGGACAUAGAGACCGGUCAGCAGGCCACCAUCUUCUCAGGCCACAGUGGAGACGUGAUGAGUCUGUCUCUGAGCCCGGACUCCAAGAGCUUCGUAUCUGGAGCCUGUGACGCUACCUCCAAACUCUGGGACAUACGAGACGGCAUGUGCAGGCAGUCCUUUACCGGUCACGUCUCUGACAUCAACGCUGUUUGUUUCUUCCCCAAUGGGAAUGCGUUUGCGACCGGCUCAGACGACGCCACGUGCCGCCUUUUCGACCUGCGUGCUGAUCAGGAGCUCAUGAUGUACUCUCACGAUAACAUCAUCUGCGGCAUCACGUCUGUAGCUUUCUCCAAGAGCGGCCGCCUGCUCCUCGCCGGCUACGACGACUUCAACUGCAACGUUUGGGACACGCUGAAGGGAGAACGUGCAGGAGUUUUGGCCGGACAUGAUAACAGGGUGAGUUGUUUAGGCGUGACCAAUGAUGGCAUGGCCGUGGCCACCGGCUCAUGGGACAGCUUCCUCAGGAUAUGGAACUGACCUGAUUGGAGAGAACUGGAGUGUAUCGUUGUGGCGGCCUGCUUCCACAGAGGGGACCCUUUCCCUCUCUUUUAUCCUUCCUUUUCCAGGUGAUCUCUUAAUAGACCCUUUCCCUACGUCUGCAUACGCCGCCAAUCCCACUCCCAGUUUCCAGAGGAUGAACAAGGCAGAGAUCUGGACUCUCUCUCUCUCUCUCUCUCUCUCUCUCUCUCUCUCUCUCUCUCUCUCUGUCUUUCUCUCUCUCUGUCUUUCUCUCUCUCUGUCUUUCUCUGUCUCUGUCUACGGCCUCCUAAUCUGAAAAAUCCUAAGGAAUAGACUGUCGUGUAUAUACUAUUUGCUAUUCUCUGUGCUUCUACGUAAAACGUACACAUUUACAGUGUUUGGAUGUCGUGUGAAAUUUUUGAGCUGAGUGUGUUCGUCUCGGUCGUGUUUUUUUUUUUUUUUUUUCCCCUUUUCCCAAUUAUGGAAUUUUCUAUGAUUUCAUGUGUUCCUUCCCCCCCACCCCACCAUCACAGCGACACACACACACACAGGGACCCUGCCAGUGGUUUGGACCACUCCAUGAACAAGCUGAGUCUCUAUGCGGUUUCUAGGUGCUGAUGUCGACCCGUCUCGCUCCCGGGUCUGUGUUAGAUGUUUAAAGUGUCGGUUUAAGUGAAGGAGCACGUGAGGUGUUAAAAAGCAUCACGUAACACUGUAAUGACUUCGUGAUACAGUCUUUCAGGCUGCCGCUCCGCCAGUCGCGGGCAGCUCGUGUUUACUCCUGCUGUAUUACAGCCGGACGCCAUCGUGUUGAAGGAUUCAGCGUCACAGGCUCUGUCUGUGUUAGUUGUAGUAUCAGUAUUGGUCAUGUAUGAUAGGAGUAAAUCUCCUGAGCAGGUGAUAUUGAUAUUGAGAGACAAAAUCAUGACCUCAUGUUUGUCUCGGUUGUUAAUUCACUGGCACUUUGUUAGCAAAUCUAAAAUUCCUUGUAGUGCCUCAUGGUUAGUUCGUUUUGCCUUUACAGAAGGAGCCACUAGUGUCAGCACUUUAAGACAACUAAUAAGACAAGCUUUUGUUUCUGUUCUAUCGUGAGUGAGAACAGGAACUAGCUUGUUUAAUGGACAUUCCACAGCAUUCGCUGGAGCUAGGAACUGAUGAAAUGUGACUGUAGGAACUAGCAGCGCAGUUUGAUAGCUUAAAAAAAAAACGAUUAAACCGAUAGAGAUUUCAUAAUAAAUCCUGCUAACGACGUGCCACAAAAUUGACAGAGUCCCCAUCACUCGAGGCAUUUUUAUUGAAGCUGUAUGAAUUCUAAAAGAGAGAAACUGAGAAACUUUUCAAUAUGAACAUUAACAUCCAACCAGAUGUUUGUAAUUGUGCAACACUGCACUGUUUAUUUUCUUCUCCAUUUAUUUGUGAGCAGCUGAGUUGCUAUAGAAACAUCUGACCAAUCAGACUGGAGGAUUCUGCCUCAGUGAAGUAUUAUUCACGAUAUCCACGUCAUGUCGGCCGUUUCCAGUGCCAAAUGUUAAACGCUAAGUGCUCUGAGUGGAGAACGUUAUUAACACAAAACGUAAUGAUAAAUGUGCACGUGUCCAUUUUAUAACUUUUUUUUCUUUUCCCUCCUCUAAUGUGAGUUGAUGUAAGCUUUGGUAUAAAACGGCACAGUCUCCUGUGUCAACAGAACAAGCCUUAACUGUUUCUAGUUCACUUGAAACUUGACAAUUUUGUGCCAGAUAAUAGAAAUGAAGGCUGAUGUGUUAUUUUUUUUCUUUUUCUAUCUUUUCAUGAGUUUUUCCAUGGAGGCUUUACCCCACACUCAACCUUUAUUUUUAUAUAUAUAAUUUUUUUUUGCCUACAGUAUUGAGACGGUUUUGUUGUAUUAAAUCAUUUAAAUGAUUUUGGUAUAAUUUCACAUCGACUGUCUUUCGUGUGUGAGAGCGAGCGCGAGAGAGAAUGUGCUUUUAUAAACUAUUUCUUGAAUCGAACCGUCAACUCUAGCACAAAAAGUCGGUGAAGAAUCCCUAGUCAGGUUUUGUGGAGUCUGAAGGAUGGAUGUACACUUUGACCUGCUGUGAUGAAGAAUCGGUUUUCAGUAGAGACGCAGAAGUGUUUAUAUCUAAACCUGAAUGUCUUCUGUUUUGUUUCCAGUGAAAGCUGAGUUCAAAUUCACCAUUGUGGCAGAAAUUUUGCGUCUUUUCUGCACUAAGGGUGUGUGUGUGUGUGUGUGUGUGUGUGUUUUGGUUGUUUGUUUUUAUUUUCUGCAUUCAGCUGAUGUCUUAAUUUUUAUAACACAAAUACAAACAUUAAAACCAAACAAAACACGGA